CUAAUAUUUUUGAUUACUCAGAAUAUUCAUAAACUAGUACUUAUAUAUGUAUAUAAUAAUUGAAAUGGAAGUCAAUUGCUAAUGUUGAAUAUCUGUCUUGCUAUCCGAUCAUAAUCGGUAAAGAAAAACUUAAAAGUUUACAUAGUAUGGUUAAACCAACGUGGUGCUCUCUUAUAUAUCAACUCUCAGCUUAAUCCAAGAGGUCAUCAACUGUAAUCGCAUUAUAAAAUGUAGAUAAUUUUCUAAUAAAUAAUUAUGACACUUUUGUGGAUAUAUAUGCAUGUGAUGGUAUCGCUUUCCAUUGCUUUUGUACCGGAGGACGACAAAUAUAUUCUUGAAGGAGAUCUAGUUCUAGGUGGACUGUUUCCCAUUCACUCAACAUUCAAACCUGAAUUGGAAAAGUGUUCUGAUAUCCAAGGACAGGAUGGCAUACAGGCAUUGGAAGCUAUGAAAUAUUCAAUACAAACGAUUAAUAACGACGCAAAAAUUCUUCCUGGACUAAGUCUUGGAAUGGUAGGAGUUGACACGUGUGAAAGUGAAACAAUCUCAUUGGAUAAUACAAACGAACUGUUAGAUAUGAGAAUAAACAAAAACGUGAACACAGAAACAUGCACGUGUAAAUCUGGCAACACAAUGACAAAUAAUUUGAUUGGUGUCAUUGGUCCAGCUUCCAGUAAAUUGUCAAUUCCUGUAGCAAGUUUGCUUCGUCUGUUCAAAGUUCCACAGAUAAGUUACCAGUCCACCUCUCCAGAACUGAGCGACAAAACUAGAUUUCAAUAUUUCAAGAGAACCGUCCCUUCAGAUUACUUUCAAGCCACAGCAAUUGCUGAUCUACUCAAGAGUCUGGAAUAUAAAUACAUCUCCAUUGUGUAUGAAGACAGCAGCUAUGGAUUCAAUUUCAAAUCGAUGUUAGAGAAAUUGACCAUGCGUGGUGAUUUCUGUGUUGGAGUAUCAAUGAAGCUACCAUACGAUCCAUCGGACACACAGAAUCAACAUACAAUCAAAACUUUAUUGAAACAUAAAAAUAUGAAAGGUCACAUUGUGGUGGUUUUAAUUCUAAGGCCACAUACCGCCAUUGAGUUAUUCAAAGCUGUCAGUCAAACAACGCAUGCAAAAUCGUCUUUCCACUGGAUAGCUACCGACGGUUGGGCUGGAAGGGCGUUUAAAAAUGAUGACAUUAAAAAAGUACUAGAAGGAUCUGUUGGUGUGCAGUUAUUGCUUGGCAACAUACCUGGCUUCAAAACGUAUUUUACUUCCCUUGUUAAUGGAAAUCCGACGAAUCCAUGGUGGCGGGAUUACAUGUAUGCAUAUGGAUGUACUCAAGAUAAAUGUGAUGUUGAAGAGUUUGGAAUUCUUCACUAUAUCAAUGAUGCUGUAAAAACAUUUGCAUAUGCUAUUAGAGGAAUGCACGAAGCUUAUUGUGAUAAAGCAGAUGGUUUGUGCAACAGUUUAAAGACGGCUCUUCGUGGUGGAACUCAGCUGCUAGAAUUCCUUGGCAACGUGUCUUUUAAAGAUAAUCAAGGAGGGAUAUUUCAAUUUGUAAAUAGUUCCGAGGGACCAGCCCGUUACAGCAUUUUGAGGUACAAUGAGAAGGAACAGUGGGAAAUAAUAGGAAACUUUUCACAAGCUGGUGGCACAGAAGAAAUUUUCCUUAAUAAAAAGUACAGAGACGAUAAAUACAGGGGACCUUCAGUGUGUUCACUUUCUUGUCCUUUCGGAUACGCAAAAACAAUAUCAGAGGACCGUUGUUGCUGGCAAUGUACCAAAUGUUCCGGAAAUCAGUAUUCUGGCGAUUUUGGAUGCAUGCCAUGUCCUGUUGGUUCUCAUCCGAAUAAUAAUAAAAGUAACUGUACGCCAAUUCACAUUGACUAUAUGAGUUUCAAUGACCCAGCUGCCAUUGGGACUCUUACGUUAUCUUCUAUUGGUAUUGCUGUAUGUAUCGUAGUCAUAGUGGUAUUCACGAUAAACAGAGAAACGCCAUUAGUUAAGGCAACGGACCUUAAACUCAGCCUUCUUUUGGUUUUUAGUCUGAUAUUAUCGUAUGGAUCAUCAGCUGCCUUUCUUGCUGAACCAUCACCUAUUUCGUGUGGUCUUAUCCGAUAUCUUCUUGGAUUGUGUUACACACUGCAGUAUGCCACUCUGUUGACCAAGACAAUAAGAAUUUAUAGACUGUUUCAGGCAAAGAGUCUCGAAAAAAAGAAGUUCAUAAAUUCAAGAUCAUCUAUAACUUUGACAUUAUUGAUUACGUUUUUUCACGUUUUAGGACUGACGGUUUGGAUUAUUUUUGAUAGACCGGACAUAAGAAUCGAUUAUGACGAAGACAGUGGCGUUUUAAUAUGUGAUGAUGCAGAUAACUACUCGUAUGCUAUCAGUUUAUCGUACUCAGUAGCGCUGUUGAUAGCAUGUGUAAUUUUUGCUGUAAAAACCCGAAAGAUUCCGGAUGGUUUCAAAGAGACACGAUUCAUUGCAAUAUGUUCAUAUACAACUUGUAUUGUUUGGUUAGCGUUUGCCUCAACAUUCUUUUUCACCAACAAUAAUAUAGUACGUGUUCUGUCUCUAUGUAUAACACUUUCUAUAAACUCAACAGUAAGUCUGUGUGUACUAUUUCUAUCAAGGUUAUACAUCAUCAUAUUUAAACCAAGGUUAAACACAAGGGAGCGGGUGAUGACUCGGGGAAAUGAGAAGUCUGACAGGACAAGUAAAUGUUAUACGGCUAAUAAAUCAGUAGGAACAGAGGAAUCCAGUGAUGAGUAUGUAUACACAAAGAAUGGACUUCUGGCAGCAUCAGUACCAAAUCUAGCUCCAUUUUCAUCAAAAACCAAAAGACAAGUUAUAUCAGCUGCUCAUUCGCUGCAUAAUAUAUCAAUACUAAACAACCUGAUAGAUGACAAUGAUCAUCCUAGGAAGAAAGAAGACAUUCCUUUAAAACAUUUACCUCGGAUUACCAUAAGUGAUGUUGAAACUGAAUUCAACGUAUGAUAGCAGUAUCGUUAGAAAUAACUUUAUAUGUUCUUUCUAGAAGUCAUAUUGUUAUUUGUGUCGUUUGGUUGCUGUCUCCUUGACGUACAUCCUACAUAUCUUUUUUUAAUAAGACACAGCAUAGUAGCUGUUUUAACGAUAUCGAUCGUGUACAAACAAAAGAUCGUAUAGUGAAUAUAAGGAUGUAUGUGGCAGGAACAUAUUAAUAUAAAUAAAUCAAGAAUCAAGCUGGAACAAUGUACAAAAAAAUAAUGAAAACAUAGGGACGAAUUCAUGUGCUCUUAAAAUGUAAUUUGGAACCUUGUUCGGCACUAGACGAAAACUAUAGAAUAAAAAUCCAACCAUGAAGCACGUGCACGUUCAAGGCGACAGGGCGCGGCUUUACAGAAGUAAUUGUUUAAAACGCUCCGUAUAACCAGAGAACGAUUGCUACCAUACAUAAUCGAUUGUAAAUUUGAUUUUUACUAUUUAUAACAUCAUUUUAUUUGUUAUUGAUCUUAGCUGUUAUGCAAGUAAAUAAACUUUAACAUUA